AUGAAUGUACAGCAUGUUUCCCUCUGGCUCCUGGGCGCGAUGCUCAUUCUGUACUCAGUGCACACCCAUGGGCUCAGGAGAUGUCAGGUUUCCGUGGACACGCGCCAUAUAGAAGAGAGUUUCCAAGAAAUCAAAAGAGCCAUCCAAGCUAAGGACAUCUUCCAAAAUGUCACUAUCCUGUCCACAUCGGAGGCCCUGCAGAGCAUAAAGCCCUCAGACGUGUGCUGCAUGACCAAGAAUGUGCUGGCGUUCUACGUGGACAGGGUGUUCAAGGACCAUCAGGAGCCGAACCCUCGAGUCUUGAGAAAAAUCAGCAGCAUCGCCAACUCUUUCCUCUACAUGCAGAAAGCUCUGCAGCGAUGUCAGGAGCAGAAGCGGUGUCACUGCAGGCAGGAAGCUACCAAUGCUACCAAAAUCAUCCAUGACAACUACGAUCAGCUGGAGGUCCGCUCCGCCGCUGUCAAGUCCCUGGGUGAGCUCGAUGUCUUUCUAGCUUGGAUUGACAAGAAUAAUCAAGAAACUUCCACUGCUUGA